GCCGCCCGCGCGAGUAUGUCCCGCGCCACGCGAACAAAAUAACCUAAACAAAAAAUAACUAAUCAAACAAUAAAACAAAAAAACAUCAAAAAACAUAAGAGCAACCACCCGACGCCGGACGAAACCCGUACGUACCGCCAAUUCAGUCAUUCGCGACCCUGAUUGUCAACACCAUGAAACAUGGCCACCACCACGAACACAUGAUCGCAAUUGCAACGAGAGCUAUUCUCAGCGUGCCCCAGAACGCGGUGUUUAUGUGCCCAUACAAUGGAGUAAUAAGUGGUGAGGACUGCGAAAUGCGCCAAGUUAUUGUGUGGUUAAAGUGUUAGUUGGCUGAUGAAGAGAUGACUUCGUUGAAGCAUGGAGUCAACCUGAGCCGGCGGGCGUGCAGGCAGGGUCUGGUGGUGGCAGCUGUGCUUCUGCUGCCCAUCGUUCACCUGAGUCCUAUCGAAAGCACCACGAAACAGAGUCCGUCCAUAACAGUCGAUGGGAGCUCCACAUACCCAGGCCUCGGCUUCGGGCCCAUGGGUCCCGUGGCUCCUUUACCCGGGGAGCCGCUGGGCACCCAGCUGCGCCAGAACCAGGAAUCUACCACCGACCUGCCGGCCACUGUCAAGACGAAGAAAGAAAGGACCUUCGUCAUAGCAGCCUUCGAGUUCCAUAGGGUAGAAACACCAUUCCUGAUCGGGCUAUGGAUCUUCUUUGCCAGUCUUGCGAAGAUAGCAGGUUUCCACAUGACGCCGAAAUUGUCGAAGAUUUUCCCGGAGUCCUGCUUGCUGAUCUUCGUUGGAGUGCUCAUUGGAGCCCUACUGUUGAGCACCCACAGUGUGCAUGUACAGCCGCUGACUCCAGACACAUUCUUCCUGUACAUGCUCCCUCCAAUCAUCCUGGAUGCCGGGUACUUCAUGCCGAAUAGGCUGUUCUUCGACCAUUUGGGAACUAUCCUGCUGUUUGCCGUCGUCGGGACCGUAUUCAAUACUUUGACGAUUGGUGCGUCAUUGUGGGCUUGCGGUCAAACCGGUAUGUUCGGUUGCACAACCCCACUGCUGGACAUGCUGCUCUUCGGCGCGCUCAUCUCAGCAGUGGACCCGGUGGCGGUGCUGGCCGUCUUCGAGGAGAUCCACGUGGAUGAGAUCCUGUACAUCGUGGUCUUUGGGGAGUCGCUGCUGAAUGAUGCUGUUACUGUCGUGCUGUACCACAUGUUUGAGGCUUACACAGAGAUGGGUCCAUCAAAGCUAGUGUACACCGACAUUCUAGCUGGUCUGGCCUCAUUCCUGGUGGUGGCGGUAGGCGGCACCUGUAUCGGCGUCAUCUGGGGCUUCGGCACCGGUCUGGUGACCCGGUUCACGAACGAAGUCCGGGUCAUCGAGCCCAUAUUCAUCUUCGUUAUGGCGUACCUGGCGUAUUUGAACGCCGAGAUGUUCCAUAUGAGCGGUAUUCUUGCAAUAACAUUCUGCGGUAUAACAAUGAAGAACUAUGUGGAAGGCAACAUAUCGCACAAGUCGCACACGACCAUCAAGUAUACCAUGAAGAUGCUGUCCUCAUCCUCGGAGACCAUCAUCUUCAUGUUCCUGGGAGUGGCCACCGUGAACAACAACCACGACUGGAACACGUGGUUCGUGCUGCUAACCAUCGUCUUCUGCUCAACAUUUCGGAUAAUAGGGGUGUACAUAUUUAGUGCUGUAGCUAAUAAGUUCCGUUUGCACAAACUUAAUACGGUCGAGAAGUUUGUUAUGUCUUAUGGAGGUCUUCGAGGCGCGGUAGCGUUCGCAUUGGUGCUAUUAAUAGACCCGGAGGUGGUGCAGUUGCAGCCGAUGUUUGUGACCACCACCAUAGCGGUGAUAUACUUCACGGUCUUCAUCCAGGGCAUCACGAUAAAGCCGCUGGUGAAGAUCCUCAACGUGAAGACGGCGGAGAAGAGGAAGCCUACGAUGAAUGAGAGGAUACAUGAAAGGUUUAUGGACCAUUUGAUGGCAGGUGUAGAGGAUAUUUUAGGUAAACAUGGUAAUCACCAUAUAAGGGAUAAAUUCAAGAGAUUUGAUAAUCGGUUUAUAAGACCGUUUUUGCUAAGAAAUUAUCAGGGUGCUGAGCCAAAAAUUUUGGAGACAUAUUCAAAAUUAGCUAUGAAAGAUGCUAUAGAAUAUAUGCAAAGAAAUGCUUCUACUAUUGGUAACAUAUCUGGUGCUGAAUCUAUGUCAGCUAUAUUUAAAAAUUAUACGAAUGCUAAUUUCAAUGGAAGUCCCAGCUUCAGUCAAUUGGACUCAUCGACAUGGAAUAUUGACAUGCAAGAAUUGGAGUACAACCCAUCGAAAAAAGACUUGACUGACGCUAAAAUACACCAUCUCUUAGCCGAGGAGCUUUGCAAACCUUUCCGGCGACAUCGCCGGCUAAGCUACAGCAGGCACGCGGUCAACGACCGCGACCUCGGCAUCCAGCAGGUCAACUACAAAACGCACAUGAACAUCCGCCGCCGAGUCGGCGACAGAAAACACCACCACAAGCGCAGUAAACGUGGGAAGCAGGAUGGCAAAAAUCAUGUCACCUUCCCUGAAUUCCAGCAAAACGGUUCGGCCAAACAGUUCACGCACGGUAAAAUAAAGUAUUAUAGAUUAGACUACAUAGACGAGGUGUUGCAAGAGGACUGUGACGAGCGGGAGGGCAGACGGGAGGGAGAAGACGGCGGUAUUACUUUCACUGCAAAAUCCCCGCCUGGAUAUAGAGAAGUCAGUCCGACGUCCUCGCAUAAAGAGAAUAGUAGUUCGCUUUUAAACCAGUUGGCUAACCUGCCCGGAUUCAAUCCGUUGAAAGCGAGGAUUGUAAAACAGUAUGCUAAAACUCCUGAAGAGAUUAUGCCGACAGCUGUUGAGAAAUCGUUACCGUGGAGAAGGGACAGAUCCACGUAUAACUUUGUUCCUAAUGAAGAUAUCCUGGAAGAAGAUGAAAGAAGACUGUCAGAUGAUAAUGAUACAUACAUGACGGUAGCGGAGCAAGCUCGCGUGGCCACCCCAACGGCGACGGAGACCAUGUUGCCAUGGAAACGCGAGGAGGCCGAGGGCACGGCCGCCCUCAAGCAGUCAGAGUUCCCCUCGUGGGCCUCGAAUAAGGAGUAUUUGGCGUAUAGCUCACCCUCCGCUACGUUCCUAGGUGGUAUAGAAAAGCCAAAACAUCCCAAAUCUAUCAUAGGUCUAUUUAGAAGAGAGAGCUCUAGUUCGACCCAGGGUGGAGGGGAGGCAGCUGCGUAUGACUCGGAGGGGGGUAGGGCGGAGAGUAGCAAGGGCGAGUCUUCGAGGGAAGCAGGCCAGGCGAGGCAGGGGCCUAGCUUGCUAUCGAAGAGGAGUACCAGCUUAGGUGGACCUUCUGUACUGCUGAUGGAAGACGUAGCGCACUCAGACCCGCUGGGAGCCUCGACCAGACCAGCCAGCAUCAUGCAGGGUCCACAUCGAGGACAGUGCAGAAGAGGAUCAAUGUUGGAACUCACUGGCUCCCUAUCCCGCGACGCGAUCACAGAAGAGAAGUGUAGCAAAUCCCUGCCAGAGAGUGAGAGGAUGGGCGUAAGGCGGCUGCCCCUGGGCCAGCAGAGUCUGCCCAGGGAACCCUUCAUCCGCCAGCUCACCAUGGCCUCCACCCUCCUCACCAGCUCAUCGUCAGACGACUCCUCUGACGAGAACACCUGAGUACCCCGUCGUGGUGACCCUGACCGGUUGCCACUUUUAAAAUACCGAACACUAGAAUAAACUCUUUUAAAUCUGCCAUUUUGUGAUCAUGCGACGCCAUUUUGGCGUCAUACCCAAUUUUAAUAACGCCAAACGAAUUCAAAAUGUCAACGUGAAAGUAUAAACGAACACUUUCUAAACAGUGCUGUGAAUUUGUGGUGUAGUUAUAAAACGUAAAUUAGUUAAUAAAGUGGCUUAACGUGAGUUAAUUGAAUUAAAUUAACUAUUCGACGAAGAUGUAAGCGGACGCAUUCUAUAUUUUGGCUUAUGGUUAACGCAAUCGAGGCAAGUAUGCGGACAUUGAACAAUUAAUAUCAAGUUAACAAAUAAUAAUAGGUAAUAAUUAUGAUUAAAAGAAAAUUGAAAUUGCAAAAAUAGGGCUGAAUAUUGGAAAUUAGGUAGGAGUUAGUUAGGUAUUUGAACAUUGUAAUUGCUUAAUUCCUGUUGUUACUUAUUGUUGAUUUAAUUUUCAUUUUAUUUGGGAAACAUUUUCUUUUUUCAAAAUUAUGUAAGUAGGUAGGUAUUUUAUCUUUUUUAAUAGGUCAUGUACCUACUUCUUACUUGUUAAAUGUUCAAUACCUCACAAUAUAAAUGUCGUGAAAAUUAAAAACUAUUUUUAGUUUAUUAUUUCUACUUUUGUAUACCUAACUGAGUUUUUCAAGAAUAAUACUUAGUCACGGCUAUUUUUAUAUUCUGUAAAUACUAUCUUCAUAAUUUCUUAAAUUAUGUGGCUAUUUACACAUUGUACGAAAUUGAUAGUUUCAAUUUCUGUUAGGUUCCGUGAUUUUACUUUCAUAACGA